UAUAUCGAGGGAUAUACCUCUCGCCCACGCCCCGACGCUAAAAUAAAGAUAUUUACACGACGACACACGUCUCCCGGGACCGCCCACCACCACUACGACAAGGGGCAACAUCAACAGACACCGACCGUAUUAUAGGUUAACCCUGUACACCACAUUUCUGUUGUUUACUGUUGAGCAUCCGUAACGACUGUAACGAAAUGCGUUUUCAUGCACCUGCACCUGGCAUUUUCUUCGUGUAGCCCGCCAUAUUUCUGUAUUCUUAACAGUCAACACUCGUCCGUGAUUAAAAAAACGUUUUUUGUUCACACUCCAAACAAGUGACAAGUCAUUGAACGCAAUAAAACUCGUCACUGUUAGGCGACCAUCGAGGUUUUUAAAAAGUAGUGACCACGUUACGACGUCCAUUAGCAACAGUAAUUGGUAUUCGGAAUCGGGUACUGUAAGAACUGAAGCAGCAUCGUACUGUUAUUUUACGUCCUCGCCGUCAGAGCAAUCGAGGUUUCUAAACGUGGUACAGACAGGGAAUUAGCAGUACUGUGCUAAUAUUUACCGUUCACUUAUGGCAUCGUUUACUAGGAGGCGUAAUGGAGUGGCACGUAGGCUAACAGCUUGUGAACCCAUACCCACAAAUGUGUGGGUAGAGCUGAGCGCUGUUCAUAAUAAAGCUUGUAUGUUAUGUGGCCAAAAAGAAAUCAGUGAACAGUUAUAUGGCAAGCUCUAUCAGCUUAAUGAUAUUAUUGUUCAUUACUUUUGCCUUUUAUUAUCUAACACCGUUCAAAAUGGCUCAAACAAUGAGGGGAUUUGUGGAUUUGUAUUAAAAGAUAUUAAAAAAGAAAUCUUACGAGGAUCUACAGAAACUUGUGUUUACUGCAAUGAAAAGGGUGCAACUAUAUCAUGCUGUGGAGUAAAAUGUCAAAAAGUGUUUCAUCUUCCUUGUGGAUUAAAAAAUGAUUCAAUGCAUCAAUAUUUUCUUUCAUUCAAAUCAUUUUGCCAAAAGCAUCGUAUACCGCAAAUCAUAGGUUCAUCUGAGUUACAAAAUUCUACUCCUGCUCAAUGUGCUAUUUGUAAGCUUGCUGUUAAAACAUCUCCUUCACCAACUACUAUUUUUGCACCCUGUUGUGACCAAAAAUAUGCCUGGUUUCACAGAGAAUGUGUCCAGGAUCUGGCUUUAGGGCCGGAUGACUUUCUCAAGUGUCAUAUUUGCAAAGAUGAUGAAAAGUUAAAAUGUAAAAUGCUCAUUCUUGGAAUAUAUAUUCCAUCACGUUCUCUGAAAAAAUUGAACCAUAAAAAUAUUGAUUGGGAUACUUCUCCCUAUGCUUGGGAGGACCUUAUGGUAAAGCAUUGUACAUGCAAUGCUGUGAAAUGCUUAUAUCCUUUUCAAAAUCAACAAAUACCUCAGCGUGACUCUCGAGCAUGGGAAAUAAUAAUGUGCCGUGUAUGUGGUUCAAAUAAGACUCAUAGAUUAUGCAGUUUUCUCAAAUGUUCAGAAGAAUGGGACUGUGUAGCAUGUCAAGCUGUUCCAGAUAAUGCAAAAAGGACGACAAAGAAGCGGAAAUAAAAAUUACCCAUUAAUGGGAAUUGUGGUAGUAUUUCAGCUAUUUAUGACUAUAAAGAGUUGUCUCAAAUAACAUAAUGCUUUUUCCUUUGUUUAAUUUUAAUAGUUUCUACCAAAUUUUAAAUAUUGUAAUUAUAAUUACUAAUUCAGUUAAAUAAAAAUUGUAAAACACUGUCAUAACUACUUAUAAGUAACUUAAGUUAUGUUAUUUCUUAUUUUUUGUAAUCUUUUUUUUUUAUUGAAUAUUUUUUUACUAAGGUUUUGUUCAAAUUAUUACAUUACCCACUAAUUACAUUACGUACUCAAUGUUAUGUAGUACUAAAAAUAUAAGUAUGUAUUAUUAUGUUACAAUAUUUUAAUGAAUGAGAAAUUGUAAAUAUAUAAAA